AUGCGCUGUAUCUUCGUUGUAAGAUACGUUUAAAGUCAUGGGGUUCUUGUUCCUUUUCUACUGUAUAAUUUUUCAUUUGUGUGUAUUGUGUAAGUUUUUUUUUAUUUUUAUCGUAUAAGUGUCGGACUCUAUGUUUUCUAUUUGUAUUGUAUAAUUUUCUAUGAACUUUAAAAUGCCUGAGUACAUACCCCAUCGUAAUGUAUUAAUCACUCCAGGUUGCAUAUAGAAUGAGGAAAGUAAAUAGAAUCUAACUGGUCAGGAAUCAGAAACGUACAUUUUGACAUUCAUGGGACUCCAUAUGAUAAGUUGUUUACAAAUGCAUGAGAUAGGGCGUUCUAUAUUGUCAACUUGUCUUUUUCACAAACGGAAAGGUUUGCGAAAUAAUAUUGCAGGCAGGGGUAAGAUCCUUUUUACAAGAUAGAAAUUUAACUUCCGUCUAUCAACAUAGAGAUAUGACAUCCAAAUUGAAAUUCUACUGUGCGUGGUUUUGUCCCUUUGCACAACGUGCCUGGAUUGCUCUUCUGGAGAAAGGCGUGGAUUUUGAGUACAUAGAAUACAAUCCCUACAAAGGUAACAGUGAGGAGUUUCUUCGCCUGAAUCCUAGAGGUCUGGUUCCUGUUCUGGAGUUGAAUGGAAAAUCCGUGUACGAAUCAGACAUCUGCAUUGAAUUUAUUGAUGAGUAUGGCGGCCCAAACAACAAACUGCUCCCGUUGGACCCUAUGGAACGCGCUAAAACAAGAAUAAUAUGCGGCUUCAUAUCACGAGAGGUAAUCCCCGCUUUUUAUGGUAUGCUACUAAAACAAAAUAAGGACACCCAAGAGAAAAUAAAAUCAGAAUUGCUUCAAAAUUUGAAAACUCUAAUGGAAUACAAGUCGGAGUCGUCCACCUAUUUUGGCGGUGACAAAUUGGGAAUGGCGGACAUCAUGUUAUUGCCAUUUGCUUUGCGAUUCCCAGUUCUGAGACAUUACAGAGGCUUCGAAAUUCCAAUGAAUGAUAAUUAUAAGAACUUUCAUAAAUGGAUCACAGCGUGCAAAGAACAGCCAUCAGUUGUCAAAUCUUCAGGCGAUGUUGAUAAAGCUAUAAUGGUUUAUCAAUCAUAUGCAGAAGGCACAACGAAAGUGAGAAGCAAAAUUUGAAAACUAUACCAGCAACAUAGAGUGUGGACCAUAAUAUGAUCUAUGUAUUAAAGACAUGAAUCUGUA